AUGCCCAAGAUCAUGCGGGAUCUCAAAGAUCAGACAGUUGUGAAGGGCGAGCAGGGCCGCUUUGAGGUCGUCAUCGAACAUGCCACCGACACCCGAUGGUACCAUAAUGGCACCGAAUUGAAAAUGACGACUGAAGGAGUGAAAAUCGUUGAGGAGACGAAAUAUGUAUAUAAAUUAACGAUCGACUCAUCAGUGUAUCCAACGGGUACGAUCUCCGUUAAAGCGUCGAACGAAACCGGCUCAGUAGAGACAAAAUGCGAAAUGAAAGUCAUCGAAAAGCCAGAACUCACAGAACAAUUGAAGGAUAUUCAAGCAACAUUGGGCGAACCUAUUAAGGUUGAUGUAGCCGCUAAAGGCAGCCCACAGUUCAAAUGGAUGAUAAAUGGACAAACACUUGAGGAUGGCAAAGACGGCGUACAUAUUACAGUCGAUGGUGACAAGUCUUCGCUGACAAUCGACAAAGCCGAACCGUCCCACAGCGGAAAACUUACCGUAGUCACUGUCAACGAAGCUGGUACGGUAGAGUCAUCGUCACAGAUUACGGUUACUCCCAAAUCCACUGCUCCACAGAUUACCGAAGGACCGAAGAGUGUCACCAUCACGGAGAAGGAAACCGCCGAAUUCAAGGUCAAGGUCAACGGUUAUCCCGAACCAGACGUUAAAUGGCUAAUCAACGAUAAAUUAGUCGAAGAAAGCAGCACUGUGAAGACGUGCCGAUUCGAAAGCGAAUACUCUCUACGAAUCACCGAAGCUACCACCAGUUCCAGCGGUACGGUCAAAGUUGAAGCGACAAACGCUGUGGGCACCGACACGAGUACUGCCGAACUACGGGUCGAACAAGCAUUGGUCCCACCAACAUUCAAGAGUCAAUUCACUUCACAAAACGUCAAGGAGAACGAGCAGUUACAACUUUCCGUGACUCUCGACACUCCUCAGCCAAACACCACCGUCACGUGGUACGUCAACGGCAAGGAAAUGCAAGAAUCUCCAGAUGUUAAGAUCGUCGUUGAAAAAGGAACAAACAAGCCCGAAUUCACUAAGACACCUCAAAAUCACGACGUGUACACCGAUGAGGAUAGCGUGAAGUUUAGCGCUAUAGUGACCGGAGUGCCCACUCCUAAGAUCACAUGGUAUCUCAACGACAAGAAGAUAGAAAGCAGCGAAGAAAUCAAGGUGAAAUUCGAGGAAGAGACUGGAAAGACGUCAAUACGUAUCUACAAGCCUCAAAUCUCACAAAGCGGUACGGUUCGAGUAACUGCUGAGAAUAGCGCUGGAAGUGCAGAGGCUAAAGCUACGCUGAAGGUCAGUACUCGAGGUCUUCACUCAAUAUGGAGAUUCAUCGAGCCAGCCGUGAUAUCUUGGCCGUUCAGGUUGACGACAGCAAGAGGCAGAAGUGACACCGUCAAGUACACAUCAACCGUUGAAGGAUAUCCAGAACCAACUGUAGAAUGGCUGCUCAAUGGCGAACCAGUCAGCAAACACGCAAACAUCGCUGUUAGCGACGAUGGCCCUAAACACACCAUCGAGAUUAAGGAGAUCACGCCAGAGCAAGCUGGUGAAUUGUCAUGUCAGGCGUCGAAUAGCAGUGGUAUGAAGAAGCAGAAUGUGCAAUUGAACGUGAAGCGAGUAGGUGAAGCGCCAACAUUCUCAAAGAACCUUGAAGAUCGCCUCGUGAAACCGAAACCGACAGUGACAUGGCUACGCGACGGCAAAGAGUUCAGCGGUGAUGAUCACUUUGUGCUGACCCAAGCCGAUGACGGUACACUUCAACUGAAAAUCAUCUCGACAGCUAUGGAAGACAAAUGCAGAAUUACCAUCAAAGCAGAAAAUUACUUUGGAACUGCUGAAUGCUCCGCUUCAUUGGGAGUGGUCAAGAAGCGUCCCAUGGCGAAGCCAGCCUUCCAAAGCGAUAUUGCUCCGAUCAAUCUGACCGAGGGUGACUCACUACAGACCAAACUUCUCAUUACUGGCGAUCCGACACCAUUCGUUAAGUGGUACGUCAACAAUCAGUUGGUUUGUGAGACAGAAGACACCGAGAUCAAGAACGCUGAUGGCGUUUAUUCCCUCACGAUCCAUGGAGUCACUGCUGACAUGACUGGAAAAAUCAAAUGUGUCGCUUACAAUAAGAUGGGCGAAGUAUCAACCGAAGGACCGCUGAAGGUUGUAGCACCGAUUCCUGUCGAGUUCGAAACAUCGCUCUGUGAUGCGACAUGCCGUGAAGGUGACACGCUCAAGCUGAAGGCAGUUCUUCUUGGAGAGCCUACCCCAGUGGUGUCAUGGUUCGUCAACGGCAAGAAAUUGGAAGAAUCUCAGAACAUCAAGAUCCAUUCCGAAAAAGGCACGUACACCGUCACCAUCAAGGAUAUCACCUGUGAUUACAGCGGAAAGGUCGUGUGCGAAGCUGUCAAUGAAUACGGUAAGGCGUCAAGUGAGGCUAUGCUAUUGGUGUUGCCUCGUGGUGAACCGCCAGAUUUCCUCGAAUGGCUAAGUAACGUUCGAGCCCGAAAAGACACGAAAGUCGUGCAUAAGGUCGUUUUCACUGGAGACCCGAAGCCGACGCUGACAUGGUAUAUCAACAACAAGGAAGUGACAAAUUCCAAAGAAAUUUCCAUCGUCACCGAUGACAAAACCUCCACACUGACCAUCAACAGCUUCAAUCCUGAUGUUCAUGUGGGAGAAAUCAUUUGUAAGGCCGAAAACGAUGCCGGUGAGGUGUCCUGCACCGCAAAUAUGGUCACCUACACCAGCGAGAUGUUCAGUGAGAGCGAAUCCGAAGCACAAGCGGAAGAUGUAAUCGCAGACGAUAUGACACUAACCGACGAGGAAUCGCUUCGUGAAGAGUUUGGUGCGAACGCCUACACCAGUAAUGGCACCGAAAUUCAUCACGAAAAUCAAGGACUCGAGGGCUAA